GCCUCGACGGCGCCCAGGGACCUUCUCCCGUCUCCGGCUCUCCCCGCGGCCCCGACCCGGCCCCAUGCCGGCGCCCCCUCCGUCCCCCUACGGGCCGCGCGCCCUGGGCGCCCUGCUGCUCUUCGGCACCGUGUCCGGCCUGAUGGCCGUCCUGGCGUCCAUGCUCAUCUUCCAGAUCCAGGCGGGCAGCCGGGCCGGGGCGGCGGGCGCGGCGGGUCUCCCCGAGGGGGCGCGCCGGGUGCUGCUGCCGCUCUCGGCGGUGCUGGCCUCGCUCUGCCUGGUGCUGAGUCUCAGCUGCCUCCUGCUCAGCCUCCUGCACGGCUACUGCGGCGCCGAGCGGUGCGCGCCCACGGGGGGCGCUCUGGGGCCCGACAGGGGCGACUGGUUCCUCGUGGACAGCCGGAAGGUGCGUCACGUGGCUGUGGGCCUGUUUUGCUGCGGGGUCUCGGCCUACCUGGCAGCUCUCUCCAUGUACAUGCUGGUGCAGUUUGAGACUGAAACCGGGAUCACCAGCGCCUGCGUCCUUUCGUCGGGCAUCCUGGUCCUCUUCAUCACUGUGACGCACGCCCUGAUCCGCGCUGCCAAAGCCACGGGGCUCAGCCAGGGCGAGCUCUCACACACCCUCUACGAGAACGACUCGGCCCGUAGCGGGGAGCUGCCCGCUGCCCCCCUCAACAACACCAAGGGCAUGCCUGCUCCCCGGCCGCGCCCAGAGAUUCACCGGGAGUUUUCCUACCCGCCGUUCCUUGAACAGAAGUCCCACCUCACCACACCGGCCAGCAGCAACGUCACCUCGUCGGGGAGCGCAGAGCUAACCCUGGAAAAGGAUUGCUACAGCGCUCCCCGGAUGCACCGGACCCUCUCGGUGGAGUCCGGCCUCCUGCAAACCCACGGGAAGCCAUGGAACGGCGUCACACAGGAAAUGAGGAAUGUGCUCGCCCGCAAAACGGCGGGCACGGGGAAAGAUUCGACCUUGGUGUAGAAAACGUGGGUAACCCGUCUUUGCAGAGGUGUAUGGGGAGCCCGCUGGUUCUCUGAAGGCCUCUCAGCUAUUAAAGACGUUUGCUCUUCCUUA